GCCAAAUCAGCUGACUCACGGCUAGUGGCAUGCGGGACGCAAUAUCGGAUUGACGCGCAGCUCAUCAUGGCACAAUCAACAGAGUCAACCGGAAUCCUGGUUGCUAGGCCCACUGAUGAGGUGGGCACGUGCCGGGUUGCAUCACAGACCGAGGUGGCGAGCAGUGCUGCUUUCCAAACAAUCGACGAUCAACACUAUGCCGGAAAACUCACCAGCACAGAGGUGGCUGUGCUUAAGGCGAGGUACAUGAAGCUGCAUGAAGCCCUCAGAAAAACCAGAGAAAACGAAUUCAAUCUAGUUCAACUGUCGAAAACAUACAUGGGCGAAAUCGACGAACAGGUACAACUGUUGGCUCGUGCGGAUCAGUUUCCUGACAACGCCAUCACAGACGCGUCACAAAUGAGGGCACAAAUUCUCACAUUCUACAAUACAGCUAUGGAGACGGACGAAAGAGUGGAAAUGAUGCAAUAUGAAGCACAACUGCUACGGGAAGAAAGAAAGUUACUCAAUCGGGACUAUUCCCGCCUGCCAACAGCCGAGCUUGAAGCAAUGGACGAUGAUGUGGACAUAUUCACGGAAAUGGAACGUCGAGUCAAAUUGGUGCAGAACCAAUGCCAAGAUCUGUGGCUCGAGAUUGACAUGUUGAAGAUGGAGGCCAAACGGUCACGAGAACAACUGCGCCAGGCGGCUGAUCUGGAACACGAAGCGCAAACAGAAUUGGCUAACAUGAACCGGCGGAUGAGUGAUGUGAAGGCUGAAUGGGUGAUUGCCACCGACCUACCCGGUCAGUACUCAAAAGAGGCCGAGAAGGCGCGCAAAUAUAGAUCGAACGCAGAAAAGGAGUUGCAAAACCUGCAGCAGGAAUACACUGAACUUUCUCAAACACAAUCCAUGCUGGAGACGCGGGUGCGCGAUACAGACGCCCAAGAAAGAUCAGACAGAGAGCAGUUGGAAGCAACACGAUUGGCAAACGUGGACAAAAAGCAGCUACUUGACAAAACGACGAAACUUAACGACUCGUGGUAUGAAAUGGAAAUGAUGAAUCGGACUGAAAAGGCGCGCUACCUUCAGCGCAUUCACAUCGCCGAACAGACCCGCAAGGAUUUGUCAGAGGAGCUUGCCAAAUUGACCAGAGAAAGAGAUGCACGUGUUCGUCAGUGGAAGAAGGUACACACGCAACUGGAGCUAAUACAGGACUCCGUGCGGAUCACCCAACAGCUACAUGAUAAAGCAAGGGCCAGAUACACUGUCACUCCUAGAUAUGACGGCGAAAUGUUGGCCAGAAGAAGACGAUUGGCAAGAGCUAUUGACCGCCUCCAGCAAGAUUUGGACGAGGAGGAAAAACGACUCGCUACCGAGGUGGGUCAUUUAAGUCGAACCGUCGGUGCCGCUGAACGUCGUUUGGCCGUGAUGGAGUAUUUGAGAGCAGAGAACUGGGAACUGAUACGACUCACCAGUACUUUGAGUGAAGGUCUGGCCAAGGCCAUCAUGGAAUACACCACUGUGAGGCUACGUCACGAGCACAUCCUGGACGAACUUGAAAGCAGGAACAAAGAGCUCAGUGAGAGCCAAAAAGUGUUGGAAGAACUUGGUGCUCGCCUUUCCGAUGUGUCCGCGAUGUACACCAAGAUGAAGCUGGAACGGAACAAGUGUGUCUCACUGCUGCAAUCCUCAGUCAAGUUGGCGAUGGACACUCGCGAGCGUCUGCGAAUUCGCAUGAACGAAGCAGAGAUCAUUAUUUUUCGCCUUCAGAGGCAUGAUCGUGAACUAUUUCGACAGCGUACAUUGCACGGAAAUGCUAUUGUUCAACGGGAGCACAAAAGAAAUGAACUUUGCAAGUUAGCUAAUCAACAGACCGAACAGUUAGCACGCAGAGAACAAAUGCGACGUUCCAUCAAUCGAAUCAAUGUUAUUUUCAACCAGACGGAGGCGGAGAUGUUGAGUGUGAAGAAGGCUAAGGAACGUUGUGCGCAGGUGCGAAACGAACGGGCCCUGUUGCUGAUCGAAAGGAACCAAGAAGUCUACAUUCUGCAGGCUGACUGA